CAUCAACAAUGGCUCCUAAGCUUACCAUCCUUCUCCUUCUAGCAUUUUUCUUCCUGGUGGAUGCAUCCAAUGCUGAAAAUCCAAUUGAUCAGAAAACCUGUAGUCAACAGAUUGAAAGGCAGCAUAAUCUCAACCAUUGCGAGCGAUAUAUCAUGAAACAACAACAACAGCAUGUUCGUCUGUGCUGCCAACAACUCAGGCAGAUGGACUCAAACUGCAUAUGCUUAGGUUUGAGUCAGGUUAUUCAGCAGCUAAUGCAAGGAGGUCAGAUUGGGGGUGAGGGUGCUGCCGAGGCUAUCAGAGUAGCACAGAAUUUGCCGGCGUUAUGCCAAUUGUCACCAAGCCGAUGCGAAAUUCAGUGAAUUUGAAAUGGAUGAUAUAUAUGAAUAAAUGUUACAUUUUAAAUAAAGAUUAUCAUGUAAUAGAUGUGUAUGUGCUCUACUGUCUCAGAGGCAGCUGAGCAUGCAAAUAAUUGUCGAGAGCCUUUCAGGAUAGACCAUAAAUUAGUACUUAUGUAUCAGUCUGCUACUGUGCUGCCAUGAAUCGUUUUGUUGCAGCCUAGUAUAAUAUAUAUAAUAUUUGAGCAUUAAUUUA